AUGGAGGACGCCAAAACCUCCUUCAACGUCUUCUGCGCCGUCAUCGGCAUCGGUUCACUCGCCAUGCCCUCCAACUACGCUCGCGCUGGACCUGUCUACGCCACCAUCCCCUUGGGCUUCAUGAUGUUCGCCAACACGUACGCUGCCAUCAAGUUAUCCCGAUGCUGGCGGCUCCAUCGUCCGUCAAGACUUGGGGUGUGCGUGCUCGUGCCGAUCGCGUACUUGAUCUUGGGUAGUACGCUACUUGACGUCUCGUUCCCCGACACCUUCGGCCGAACUUUCUGGAUCAUCUUCGUGGCAUUAAUGGUCGUCCCGGUGUCUCUGAUCCCAAUGCUGAAGGAGAGUGCUGGUAUGGCGUUUGCCGGCUGCAUGGGGACCGCCAUCGCCGACAUCAUCGCGGUUGCCAUUCUGCAGUGGAACAUGCGUGGCCACCCGUCGAUCCCCAAGCCUGAUGUAUCGGUGCACCAGGUCUUGACCUGCUUCGGUAACCUCGCAGUGGCGUACGGGGCCGCUAUCGUCAUCCCCGACCUGCAGCGCGAGCACUCCCAGCCGCAGCGCAUGCCUCGGGUGCUCAUGGUCAGCAUUGUCCUCAUCUCCGCCUUCUUCUUUGCGAUCGCGGUGGUCGGGUACUUGGCAGGCGGCUGCCAGAUCUCUGGUAAUGUGUUGUACUCGAUCGUUGACACCUCCAACCCCCUCGGUCAAACGCCUCUUGGCUUCACUUCCAGUCGCGCUGCUGUUGUCAUGGCGUACUUGUUUAUGCAAGUCCACAUCGCCGUCGCCUUUUCGACUCUGAUGAUGCCGGCAUUCUACGUGGCCGAGCGUCUCAUCCUGGGCAUGCACAAGACUUCAGCUAUCGUCCGCUUUAACCCCGACCAAGAUCAAGAGAUCAUCGACCAAGACCUGGAGCUGCAGGAGAAGUAUUCGGACGUGCAUACCUUGACUCCAAUGGGGGUGUCUGGUCACGGAGUGUCUGCUUCAAGCUUGGUCGAGAAGUCUGAAGUGCCCCGAGGAGAUCACGAGGAACAGCUUCGUGAGCCCUACAAGGGAAUCAAGAACAAGCUGCGCUACAUCACACUGCGCCUUACCAUCAUCACCAUCAUGGUCGUCAUCGGUGUGGCGGCGCAAAACAAGUUCUUGGAUCUCGAAGACUUCACGGGUGCCACCGCUCAUACGGUCAACUACAUGGUCAUGCCGGUGCUGAUUCACGUGCGCGUGUUCUGGAAGAUCAUCGCGGGUGUGUACGUGAUGAUUCACGCUGGCAAGAAAUUGUUCAGCCCCUCCGACGACGACACCGCCUUCCCAUACUGCGACGCCGAGUACCAGGACGAGCCGUACUACAUCCGCAAUCGUACCAGCUAA